AUGCUAAGCCGGUGGUUGUGCGUGUACCCCGUCACGCUCGCUGGAUCAAGCCACCUGCAAAUUCCUUUAUCCUCAACUGUGAUGGGGCUUUUUGCUGGAGAUGAGCCGUGUGGGCUGGAGGUUCUGGGUACUGAACUGGCUGCAAUUCGGGAGGGUCUCAGGGUGAUGUCAGCAGCUGGUUUCUCUAGAUUUACUGUUGCCUCUGAUUCACAGCAGGCUAUGACCAUAUUGCAGGAGCGGGGGGAGUGGUGA